GAGCGGCGGCGGCGGGCGGCGGCGGCGCGUCCCGGGGCGGCCAUGGGGGAGGCGGCGGGGGGCAGCGCGGUGCCGCCGCCUCCGGCGGAGGCCGGCGGGGGGCAGGUGAACGCCCUGACCGUGCUGGCCCUCCUGGAGAAGCUGGUGUCCAUGCUGGAGGCGGUGGAGGGCCAGCAGCGGCAGAUGGAGCAGAGGCAGCGGGGGCUGGAGGGAGCGGUGCGGGGCAUCCAGGGCGACCUGGGCAAGCUGUGCCGUAGCCACGGGGCCACGGGGGAGGCGGUGGAGAAGCUGCUGGAGAAGUCGCGGAAGGUGUGCGCCCACACCCGCGCCGUGCGGGAGCGCCUGGAGAGGCAGUGCGCCCAGGUGCGGCGCCUGGAGCAGCAUCACGCCCAGCUGCUGCGCCGCGACCGCUUCAAGGUGCUCAUCUUCCAGGAGGAAAAUGAAAUCCCUGCCAGUGUUUUUGCAAAAGAGCCUGUUCCCAGCAUCACAGAAGGAAAAGAAGAGCCUGUGGAUGAGAACAAGACACUGGAAGAAACCUUGCAUACAGUGGAGUUGUCUUCAGAUGACGACAUGCCUCACGAAGAUGAUGUGGGUGACAGUGCAGAGGAGAAAACAGAAGAAUCGAGAGCUGAGAAACUUAAGAGAUCCAGCCUGAAGAAGGUUGACAGCCUCAAGAAAGCGUUUUCCCGACAGAAUAUCGAGAAGAAGAUGAACAAGAUCGGCACAAAGAUCGUCUCGCCUGAACGGAGAGAGAAAAUCAAGAAAUCGCUUACAGUACAUCAUCAGAAAUCCUCCUCUUCCAAGAGUUCAGCUUUCAAAGUGUCGCCCCUCACGUUCAACGUGAAGAAAGGCCGAGAAGGAGAAAGCCCUGCCGAAGCCGAGGACAGACCCGCAGAAACUGCGAGCAACGACCAAGCCGAGAACGAGGAGGAGAUGUCGUUCGCCGACAUGCACUCAGAUAUGACACCCACCACGUCUCUGACCGAGGAGAGCAAAGCAGUUGUCGAUUCUCUAGAGAAGGAGGCCAGGAUGGAAGGGAGCGCCGUGAUGAACAACAACAUCGAGCUGUCCAUCGUUGAAGAUGAUGAAGAGUAUGGGGUGCCUCUAGAAGUUCCCAGCCAGAAACUGUAUGAUGAAAGGAACAAACCGGUCAGCGGGGAAAUGGAAGAGUCCGACGAAGAAACGACCCAAGCAGCGGUUCUGCAGAUAAACCAAAUGGCAUAAAAUAUCUGAGCCUUCCUCCGCCUUCUGGAUACGCAUGGUUUUGCCUAGGCGAGUGACUGGUUUCUGCUACACAGGUGGUAGCGGCAAUCCAGUUUCCUCCAGCCUGCUCUCUGCAAUGAUAAUUUAUUGCAUCACAUUGGAACGCAGAGUGAGUGAGGUCAACGACAGGCUGCAACGUGCUCCAAUUUUUAGGCCAUUUCACUGGUGUUUAUUAAUGUAGAGAUGCUGUCAGCUGGUGUAAGAGACUAGCAGGAAAAGAGUAUGUCUAGCAGAAGCAAGCCAGUUGGCUGGCUUUGUUAUAGCUGGGUCAGAGAAAUGCAGGGAGAGUAGUCAAAACCCAAACAUUUCUAUUUUCUUCCCUCACAGAUUUUCCUAGCACUGUGAGUAGUUUUGUAUGUAAAUGUAGAAAUACCGACGAGAACACUUGAUUUCGGUUUCCUCGCUAUGCUCUGUGAAUACUAACAGCCUCGGUAGCUGUGUGCCCCUAUAGCUGGUGGGGGGCUUUGCUCCGCCACGCCGUAAGGCCAGAAGAGCAGAGGGCAUAGCAAAACUGAAAAGUUGGAUCCAUCAAUUUCAAUGGGCACAAGAUUUUUUUGCCAGUAGUCUCUCGCUUAGAAGAAAUGACUGCGUUUGUAUGGAAAUGAGAAGAUGUUUUUCAAUCUACUGGAGUUAUGGAAAUACAUUAGUGACAAGCAUGAAUGUGUAAUCAGGUACUGUACCUGUAAUGGAUCAUAAAUCUAAAAAAAAAAAAAAAGGAAUUUGGUAGAAACAGAAAGAGUCUGAAGUAUGAAAUGCUAUGAAACGUUAAAAAAAAAGGGGCAAAAUCAAAACCUGACAAUAUUAAAUCUAUACUCCCAGCUUUAAGAAUAUAUACUCAGAUAACACUAAUUAAUUGAUUCUUAAUCCUUAUAGCAAUAUACUAUUGAACUUUGCACCUGCACAACUUUGUAUCUCAGAGUAUUUUGGAAAUAGCAUAAUUUAUCUUUUUACAAAUUAUUUCAUAUAUAGAGCUAUAUCUACACAGAAGAGUUAGAUAGUUACAGGGAUGUAAGGACAAUUACUUCAAAAAGGAGAAAAUGCUCUUUUAGGCAUGUGUAAAGGGAAAACUGCAUUAGGGACUGAAUGCGGUGGCAGGGAUGAGUUCUUGCAAGGAAGAGUCUGCAAAGCAGAUUUGAUUCUCUGCUAAUAGCUUUUCUCAAAAUUGCAUGUUUAAUUUUUCAAAAUUUGGGGAAAAUGAGAGGUUACAGAGGAGGUUGUUCACUAUGAAUGCCCAUUCUUGUCACUAUACAAAGGUAAGGGUGCGGGGAGGAAAGGGAAGCACAACACCCACAACUGUCACCUUACAUCCUUGUUUGUUUAUGCAGUGGGUCUUUUUUUUUUUUUUUAAUAUAUACAUAUAACUCUACUGAUGCUUAACAUUGCACUAAAAGUUUGCUUCCUUCAACUUGUAUUUAAAAUCACAAAUUAUAGUGGAAGUAAAAGCUACAACAGAAAUACCAUUGUGAAAUGAUUAACAGAUAUUGCUCUGCAGGGGCCAUAUCUGUGACCAGUAAAUCACACUGGAAAUUAGUUGACAAGAGCUUAUUGUAAGCGAGUAGUGUUAAGAGUUAAGCUCUCAAAUAUAUGGCAUCAUAUAGGAGAUACUGUUCGCAAGGAAAAUCAUGGCGUAACUCGUGCAGCUAUAUUUUUAUUUUGUAUUAACUACAAUGGAUUUCCAGCGUUUUUACUUGUAACUAAUGACAAAUAUGACAAAUAAAAGCAUAACAUGAAA